AUGUCAAGCAGCUCAUCAUCAGGAUCAUUUUCGCUUUCCAAGAUCAAUCCAAAGUUAUUGAGGAGAAUUUAUAGGGCUUGUAGGCCAACGUUGAAUGAACCAAAUUUAGCAUUAAACUUAGAAAUAUGUGAUUAUGUCAAUGCUAAGCAAGGAUCAGCACCUAGAGAUGCAGCAAUUGCAGUAGCUAAACUUAUAAGUCAAAGAGAUCCACAAACAUCAGAAUUAGCAGUAUCGUUGUUAGAUAAUUUGGUUAAAAAUUGUGGAUAUCCGUUCCAUUUACAAAUUAGUCGUAAAGAGUUUUUAAAUGAAUUGGUUAAAAGGUUUCCUGAAAGACCACCAUUACGUUAUAAUCGAGUCCAUCGAUUAAUUUUGGCCCAAAUUGAAGAAUGGUAUCAAACAAUUUGUAGAACUUCAAAAUAUAAAGAGGAUUUUGGGUAUAUUAGAGACAUGCACCGAUUAUUAUCAAAUAAAGGAUACAUUUUCCCCGAAGUUAAAUUGGAAGAUGCAGCCGUGUUAAAUCCAAGUGAUAAUUUAAAAUCUUUAGAAGAUUUGCAAAAAGAAGAAUCAAUAGUUCAUAGUGCUAAAUUGCAAGAAUUGAUUAGAAGAGGAAGACCUCAAGAUUUGCAAGAAGCAAAUAAAUUAAUGAAAAUUAUGGCUGGGUUCAAAGAUGAUAACUUACAAGAGAAUAAAAAGCAAAUUAAUGAUGAUAUUGCUAGAUUGAAGAGAAAAUCAGAAAUUUUUGCUGAAAUGUUGAAUAGUAUUCAACAAUCAGGUACUUCAAUUGACGAUUCAAAUGAAGCUUUGGUUGAAUUAUAUUCUUCCAUUAAAUCUUCUCAACCAAUUGUGACUAAAAUCAUUGAAGAAGAUAAUGAUAAUGAAGAUUAUGUUCAUGAUUUAUUGGGGUUGAAUGAUUCAAUUAAUCAAUUGGUUGAAAAAUUCCAACUUUUGAAAAAUGGUCAAAUUGAUAAAGCUGGUGCAAUUAAUGUUUCUACUAAUAACAAUUCAGCUAAUGAUAAUUUGAUUGACUUUGACGAUGAUGAAGGUCCAAUUAGUAAUGAUAAACGUGAUGAUCAAGGUUAUCAAGAUUUAUUAAGUGAUUUGACUAAUUUAAGUUUCAGUAAUAACAAUGCACCAAAUCAAUCAAAUAAUCUUGAUUUAAAUAACUUAUUUGGAUCAGGAGGUUCAAUUUCAUUAGGACAACCGAUUCAACAACCAAAACCUCAACAUCAACAACCAACACAAUCGCUGAACUUUGAUUUAUUAUCAGAUUUCAACUCACCAUCCCCGCAAUUACAAUCAAAUACUUCAUUGGAUCCAUUUCAACUUAGCUUCCCCAAUACCACCCCUUCGAAUGUAUUACAAAAUAAUUUUGAAUCGAUUAAAUUGAUUAAUCAAUCAUCAAACUUGAAAAUUGAAGCCGGAGUUAAUUCUAAUGAUGCUUCAUUAGUUAAUGGGAAAAUCUUAUUCAGUAAUUUAAACCCCCUGCAAAUUCAAGAGUUAAAAUUCAUGUUGGCAGUUCCUAAAAGUUGUAAAUUAAAUUUAAAGCCCCAAUCAAAUGAUUCCAUUAACGGUUCAAGUAAUCAACUGGUUUAUCAAGAAUUUUCAAUUGAAAAUAAUAUGAAUAAACAAUUGAAAAUCAAAUGGAAAGUUGAAUAUAAAGUUAAUGGAGAAAAUUUCGAAGAAACCGGGGUAAACGUUUUAUAA